UUCACGUACAACGUCAUCUGCAUGUAUCUGCGAAAGCUCUUGGAACGAUUCCGUGUUCAUUUCCCCGACCUCGUGCCAUUGGUGGAGGACUUGUUGUGCUGCCUGCCAAAAUUCCACAGCCAUGCCCACAAGGAACUCUGUCAGAUUGUCUAUGCGCUCUCAUACACCACCGGGUUUGGCCUGAGCCACGGUGAGGGCGUCGAGACACCUUGGGCCGAGCUCAACUUCGCUGGUCUUACGACACGCGAGAUGACGGCCGGUGCACACCACGACGUGUUGAAUGACUUAUUCAACUUCUGGAACAGGCAAAAGUUAGAGAACAUCGGU